UGAAUAAUGCGACCUCCMAGGGGCGGCGGAUUCAGUAGUCGGGGUCGUGGCGGCGGCGGAUUCAGGGGUGGUCGGGAUGGCGGUGGCCGAUUUGGUGGUGGCCGUGGUGGACGAGGUGGCGGUCGUUUUGGUGGUGACCGGUUUAAUGAUGGCCCCCCUGAGCAAGUUGUAGAGGUUUCGUCGUUUGUUCAUGCUUGUGAGGGAGAUGCAGUGACAAAGCUCACUAACGAGAAAAUACCCUAUUUUAAUGCCCCAAUUUACCUUGAAAACAAAACUCAGAUUGGCAAAGUUGAUGAAAUCUUUGGUCCCAUCAAUGAAUCUUUCUUCUCGGUUAAAAUGAUGGAAGGUAUUGUAGCAACUUCAUAUGGGGCUGGUGACAAGUUCUACAUUGAUCCAAUGAAGCUAUUACCACUAGCCAGAUUUCUUCCACAGCCAAAGGGAGCAAGCACUGGCGGAAGAGGAGGUGGACGUGGGGGUGGAAGAGGUGGCGGGCGUGGUGGUUCUUUCCGUGGUAGAGGUGCACCAAGAGGUGGUAGAGGCGGUGGGUUUCGUGGUGGUGGCGGUCGUGGCGGUGGGUUCAGUAGGGGCCGAGGGAGAUAUUAGAACAAUAUAUUCAUGUAUUUUAUUAUCUAAUGCACUUACCCCUCGUAGUUUUGUUUCAAGUUUUCCCUUCAGUUUCUGUAAUGGCACUCGAUUUUUCAUCUGAAAAAUGAUGUUUGAUCAUCAAGAAAACGACUAUUUUUUACUUC